AUGAUCUGUUUAUUGACGCUGACUUUUCUUACAGAUGGUUGGGCUACUUUACAUACUUAACAAGUUGUCAGCGCCUAGAGAAUAUUUAUAGUUAUACUGAUACGUAUCGCAUCCCUGUCUACCUCCCGACUUCCAAGAACUUUGCAUAGGAGAUUGACGACUUCUAGACCUUGGAAAGGAUGGAGCACGCUGCUCAAUACCGAAAAUACAAAGAGAUUGUCUUCAUUGAAAACCUCGAGGACUAUAAAUCAGGCGGUUUCCAUCCAAUCCAUAUCGGCGACCAUUUCAAAGAAAAUAGAUACCAGAUCCUGAACAAGCUCGGUCAUGGACGCUGCUCAACUGUCUGGCUUGCAGAAGAUGUGUUGAACAAGAUUUGUGUUGCAAUCUCCAUUUCGCAGGCUCAAAUCUCCCAGGAAUCAUCAGAAAACGAUACGUCCCAUGAGAACACUCAGAAAACAAUCAGGAUACUCCAGCAUUUGGCAGACGGCACAAAGUUAGAAGAAAAAGGCAGAUCCAAUGUGCUACUUCCGCUGGAUAUAUUCAAUCUGAGUGGUCCUAAUGGAACGCACUCUUGCAUUGUUACACACUUGCAAGGUCAGAGUCUGGCUAUGGUCACAAAGCGAGAUCUUGGAAGACUGAGUGAGGUUCUACCAUUACCAAAAGCGAAAAGGGCUAUUUCGAGCUUGUUAAAAGGAUUUGCUUACAUUCAUAGUAGGGGAGUCUGUCAUGGAGAUCUACAUCCUGGCAAUCUUCUUCUUGAUCUGCCUGAUCCAGUAUCUCAGUCUCUGGGAAGGAUCAAUUCAAUAUGUGGACCACCAAGAAUCGUCCCGAUCGAACGACUUGACGGCAAGGACCUAGAGCCCAACGUCCCCAAAUACGGCGUCGAAGCAGCCCUUGGCAGAUUCUCCGACCUCUCAUUAUACUCCGGAGACAUGAAAGUCGCGGAUUUUGGAUGUGGCUAUUUUACAAAUGAUCCCCCCACGGAAAUCGACUUCUUUGGUCCGUAUAUCGUGCCGGAGCAGUACUGCACAGGCCUGAUUGGGACUGCUAGUGAUGUUUGGACGGUGGGCUGUGCUAUUUGGUUGCUUCUUUCGGGACGUGAUAUAUUUGGAACAGUGAAUGAUCCCCCUGAAAAGGUAUUUUCGAUUAUGACAGAUACCCUUGGCGGGCCUCCAGAGUUUAUAUUGCGAGCAUGGAGGGAUAGAUUGCCGGAUGACGACUUACAUAUUUCUAUCCAUCCUUCAACGUCAUUGGUACAGAGAGUCCAACAACUUCGGACUGGUAAUGAAGAGCUAUGGAUGAAGGCCCGAUUAAAUGAAUUCUCAGAAGAAGAUGUCGCUCUUGUAACUGAAUUGCUGACUUUGAUAUUCAAAUAUGAUCCUGCUGACCGACCAACAUUGGAGUCUAUUCUACGACAUCCAGCUAUGAAAUUUUUUGGCGAUGUUAUUUGAUUACGCUCUCAUCACCCGCUUCUCAAUAUUCUGCCUUUCUAUCUCGUGGUGAUCUUUCCCCCGCAUCCUGUGAGGAUUGCAUCAUUCUUCACCAUACCCACAGGUUGUCGUUGAUUUAAGCUUGAUCUAAUCUUGGGUUUGCGGGUCCCAGAUCUUAGAUAAGGCUCAUGAAUAUA